CGUGAUCAUGGGCGGAUGGUGACGCCCGCUGCUCCGCGAUAGUAGUGUGUUACCGCGUGUGACAAAGCAUGGUCUGGACGCGUCGUGGUAGUGUGGUAGUGAUGUGGUGCGCGGUGGUGAGUGUGGUGACGGUGCUGUUGUUCACCGCGCCGUCAGUGGAGGCCUUCGGGGGCAUCAUCGCUGACAAUGUCGUGUACGAUGUGAGCGGGUCGCCCUACAUGAUAACGCAGGAUAUCACCAUAGAGAAAGGGGGAGUCCUCACCAUCGAACCCGGGGUCACCGUCACGUUCGAUCCGGGUGUUGGCGUGACUGUCAAGGGAAUCCUACGAGCUGAGGGCACCCCGACGAAUAGGAUUAAGCUGACCAGCAGCCAGCCUCCGGCCGGUCCUCUGAGGGAGACGGGCCUCAGGCUGGUCGACGGGCCCACGCCGCUGCAGGGGAGGCUCCAGAUGUACUACAAGGACAAGUGGCGCUCCAUCUGCUCCAAUUCGAGGAACUGGACGGCGGAGGACAGGGCCGUGGCGUGCCGGCAGAUGGGCUACACGGGCGGCAAGUACUGGGAGUGGCACGACAGGGCCAACAACGACACGGCGACGAUCCUGUACGAGGCGCCGCUCUGCUCGGGCAUCGAGGACGACAUCACCAAGUGCGCGUGGAACACCCACUCCAUGGGCGGGGGCGUGUGCGACAUGCACCCUGACAUCGGCCUGGACUGCGACGGCUACCACGCCUACUGGAAGGGGACGAACUACUGGCGGGGAAUCAUGUUCCAAGAUGCUGAGUACGAGGAGCAGCUCUUUCAGGAGAACACGCUCUAUCAGAAGGUCUCGAAGUCUAUCCUGAGCUACGUGGACCUGGAAUACGCAGGAAUGGGCCCGCAGCGAGAGGCCGAGUCCGCCAUCAUGAGCCGGAAGGUCCCGCCUCGCAUCAGUCACGUGAGCAUCUCCAACAACGCCUUCAAUGGCAUCAACGUCACGCUGCCUGGCACCUUCUUCCGCCUGCAGGAGUCGACCAUCUCGGGGAAUAAUGGCUACGGCGUGUACAUCAACUCCUCGACGGGCUCGGUGCUGGUGGACACCAACACGAGGGUGUCCGACAACCGCGGCGACGGCAUCAAGUACAACUUCCACCGGCGGGAGCCCGACCGGUCCGCCUCCGACACCUUCCAGGACUUCUGCUCGGGGGCGUCCAACCCCAACCAGGCCUACCCGAUCGUCACCGUCUACAACCAGGACAGGUUCUCCGUCAACGACCUCACGUGCAGCAGGAAAUUUUACAUCUCCAAGGCCGACUUCGUCUUCUCAGUCCACUUCACGUACAUGCAGACGGACGAAGACGCGGCCGGCACCGUAGAAGUCAGGGACCGUGACGAAUGGGGCGACUUGCUGACCAAGUUCGAGAUCAGGAACGACACGUACCCGCCGUCUGUCGUGUCUCGCGGGAACAGACUCUACAUCAGAGUGUCCGCCAAGAGGAUGAAGCAGAGCGUCGUCUUCAUGGAGGUUGUUGCUAGUAAAUAUAAAAUGUUCGACCUGAGCCUCCGGAACUCGUUCGUGGCCAACAACAGCGGCCAUGGCGUCGCCGUGGAGAACAUGCGCAGCCUCGUGCACGUGCACCACUCGAACCUCACCCGCAACUUCUUCGGCUCGGGCCUCAACAUCCGCGGCGGCGCCGGCGAUGUCAACGUGACAUACUCGACCGUGGACCAGAACGUGGGCGACGGCGUCAACAUCACGUAUGAGGGCGGCUUGCAGAAUGUGUCGUGGAGCCGCAUCGCCAACAACGACCUGCGCGGCGUCGCCGUCUGGUUCAACGAGAGUGGCCUGGACGCGCAGAUCCGCCAGGAGACGGCCGUUGCGUAUUCGGCCAUCGAGGGCAACCUCGGCGUGGGCGUCCGGGUCGGGAACUUCUGCAGGGAGGCCUUCGUUAACAUCAGCGGCAAUCAUUUCUCGGAGGGACAGGCGGCGGCGCUCGAGGUCGAGUCCUGCUGGCUGAAGGACGGGGAGCUCCGCACCGUCCAGAUCGGCCAGAACCUCUUCAACAGGAACCACCGCCUGGCCAUCAAGAUCUCCCCGGCCGUCAACAUGAACCUGACGAUCGAGUACAACGAAAUGAAUGAAAACGACCGCGGAACGUUAAUGGUCUACAACGAGGAUAAGGUGGAGCUGCUGCUGCUGCCCUUCACGGGCUUGAUCAGAAGGAACAACAUCAAAUACAACACGGGCUGGUUUGUGCUGCGGCUGGGGCUCACGCUGCGGGGCCUCGACCAGAGCCUCCUCGUGCAGAGGAACGCCAUCAAAGACAACGUUGUUCAGGAACUGUACAGCAACAUCCAAUCUCGCAGCCGCUCCGCAGGCGUGGUGUGCGUGGGCUCGUCGAACGUCGUCCUGUACCGCAACCUGAUCGACAACCCCGGUUCGCUGUACGAGGUCAGCUCGCACGCCAGGGACCAGAGCACGCCCAUCAACGCCACCUUCAACUGGCUGGGCAGCAAGCGGGAGACGGAUAUCUUCGAGCGCAUCCUCGACCGGCGCGACCGCUACAACCUAGCCCUCGUGCUGUUCCACCCGUUCCUCCUCAGCAGCACCAACGUGGACACGCCCGUCACGGAGCCGGGCCAGGUGAGCGAGCCCGAAUUCUUCGACCCGGCGGACAACCGCGUCAUCGGCGGCGAAGUCAACGGCGAAAUCACGCUGCACGACGGCGUCUACACCGUCACGCGCGACAUCUACGUCCACGACACUGGCACGCUCACCAUCGCCUUCGGGUCGACUCUGGAGUUCGCCGAGGGCAUGGGCAUGAUGGUCGCCGGCCUCCUGAGGACGGAGGGAUCCGGCGCAGAGGCCGUUCGCUUCACGCUCAGGGGCACGACAGCGAAGGAGCAGGAUGCCGCGAGGGCUCUCCUGAUGAAGGAGGACGACCUGCUGGCGCUGAACACUACGGACGCUCUGAACAUGACCGCGGACGCCAUGGCAGCCAACUUCACGGAGGGGCCGGCCGUCCCCGUCAAGCUGGUGGGCGGAAGAGACGAAAUGGAAGGCCGCCUGAUGGUGUACAUCGGCUCGGAGUGGGGCACGGUGUGCAACCACGGCUGGAAGGAGGAGAUGGCGGCCGUGGCGUGCCAGCAGAUGGGCUACGUCCUGAACCCCGAGGACUGGUUCAUCGAGCCCGGGUCCAUGCCGCCAGAGGGGCAGGACGCCAGGAUUCUGCUCAGCAACCUGCAAUGCGACGAGUUCGACACCGACCUGACGCAGUGCAAGAGCGACCAGUUCUGGGAGCUGGAGAACUCGUGCUCGCAUGCGGAGGACGUGGGCAUCCGCUGCUACCCGGCUACUUGGUCGGGCAUCCGGCUGGGCAUGACGGCGCACGAGAGCCACAUGAAGGGCGUGGUCAUCGAGAAGGCCGGGCUGCUGGACUACACGACGCGCUCCUUCAAGCCGGCCUUGCAGAUCGACUUCCACCACCACGUCAUCCAAGAGAUCGAGGUCCGCGACAACUCCCAGGACGGAAUCGGCGUCAUCUACAGCAACCAGUACGCCAUCGCCAACCCGGAGGCGCGCGUGUUCAAAGGGUGCACCUUCGCGAGGAACAAACGCCAUGGCAUCAGCAUGAGGCAGCUGGGGGUCAACAUCACAGGAUCUUUCUUGAAGGAAAAUUCGGGUUCGGGCCUUCAUUUCAACCCUUUCCUCACCCGAAUUGAACAGAGAGAGUUGACCGGUUGGAUGAAACUGAAGGAGGAGGAUUACAUUAAAAUCCCAGAUAAUCCGUCGCCGAUUGUCCUGACGAGCAACAACCCGAAGGUGCUGAUCACGCAGGAGCUGAGGGGGAGGCAGACGUCGAUCACCCUCCAUGUGUCUACGCAACAUUCCAACGUGAUCGGAAUUCAAGUCCUCAACCCUAUUGUACCCGAGAGCACGGAACAAAUUGUGAUUUAUGACUAUCAGGAGAUCAUCGAGAGUGAGGACAUUGCCCGGUGGGACGUCCGCGGGGACCUGGUGGCCUUCCCGACGACCUCGGGGAGUUACGCGAUCACCCUCCAGUACGCCUCGGGGCCCUUCGCUCUCGGUGACGUCAUCAUCAUGCUCACGGCCGUCGAUCGCAAAGACAUCGCCCAAGCAGGAGAUCUUCGCAACUUCCGGUCCAAAUGGCCGAUGGUGUACAUUGAAGAUUCGCAGAUAAGUGAUAAUGACAUCGGGAUAUCGACACUCCACUAUAACAGGUAUCUGACCGACCACGAGGACCACCUGCUUCGAUCCGCAAACGAGAGCAUUUUGGUCAUGAAUUCACAAAUCACCAACAACAAGAACCAGGCCGUCUAUGCCCUGUCACCCUUCAGAGCGAGGAUGGACAACGACGACAUCGGCGAAAUCACGUUCAUGUUCAAUAGCACCUCGAUAUCAGGGAAUGGAAGGGGGAUCGAUCAGUACAGCUGGGACGUUCGCGAAUCCAACAACCUCUUCAACUGGAUUCUUGAGGACGUCGUCAUGCAGAACAACGGCGGCGGCGGCAUCAACCUCGUGCUGCCCUACGUGUGGCAGUACAGCGAAAACUUUACCCAUACCGUCUAUGUCAACGCAUCAACGUUCGUGAGCAACGCUCAGUUUGGGUUCCAGGUGGAUGGCCACUUCGCUCGCAUCAACGUGACCUACUCCAAGUUUGAACAGAAUACCUGCCACAAAGGAGUGAUGUCCCUGAAGGGCAUGGAGAAGGAGCUGUUCAUCCACGACAAUGAAAUAAUUUCCAACAUCGGUUCUUACGUGGUGGAGUUCGACACGGACAGCCAGAGCGGCAUUCUUGGCGUUGUCAGUGCCUACUUUGAGUACAACAGAGUGCAAGGGAACAGGCACAUGACCCAGCUGAGGAGCAGUGGAUCCCGCGCAUACCAGCCGGCAAGUUACACCAUAGCUGUUCGAGGACUUCAGAAGAUCAACAUCACGCACAAUCAGUUCGGCUCCAACGAGAUGGACUACGAGCUGCUGGCGGGGCUGUACACGAGCAGAAUCGACAACUACCUCAACGUGGAGGCCAACUGGUGGGGCUCGCGAGACCCGGAGGUGAUCCGCGAGAGGAUCUUCGACUUCGACGACUGGAACAAUUUCGCCCUGGCGGACUACCUGCCGUACCUCAUCGAAGACAGCCUGUCGGCGCCUGUGUCGUCUGUGGGAGGGGCGGGAACCGAUAGGAACGUGAUGGACCUGAACUCUCUGGGAGGACGCCUUUUGCAGAACCUGAGGUUGCCAAGACGCUCGGAGCCGUACGUCGUGAAAUCCGACCUGACCGUGAUGCCCGGAGUGACCCUGGUGAUCGAGCCCGGGGCGACGCUCGAGUUCUUCCCGAGCGUUGGCAUCCUCGUCCUGGGCCGCCUGGAAGCCAUCGGGAGGCGGGACGACCGCAUCACCAUGAGGCCCAUCGACACGUCCACCGCCACGCACUACCGCAUCGGUCGGCAGACGAGGUCGGCUUUGGAGGCCGUAAGGCUGUGCGUGGAAGGGCAGUGUGAAGGAAGAAGGGAUGGCUUCCUCGACAUAUUUAAUGGAACCACUAAGCAGUGGGUUCCCGUCUGCGACGACCGUUUCACAGAGCGAAAUGCCGAAGUCGUGUGUCAUCAGCUGGGUUAUAAUAAAGUCAACAUUUUCUACAGUCGCAACAAACGGACGGAAAUGUUUCCCAGUGCUCUUAUCCGCAUCCGGUCAUGGCCUGACCCGAUCCAGUGUGAUGGUUCCGAGUCGAGGCUGGACGAGUGCCCGCUUCGGAUGAAUGGCCAGAUAUACGACCACAGCUACGAGUGUGCCUGGAAUGGGGACUUUGUCUACGUUUCCUGCGGGGAACACAACCUGGAGAAUGACCAUCAGGAAUAUUGGGGCGGAAUCAGAUUCUCGGUGCCGAAUUUCGAACACAUGGACGUGUACCACCGACUUCACCACCAGCACGACCCAGGCAACAUCCACACUCAUCCCUACAUCCACGGCCAAUCCGAAGUCAACAUAAACCCCUCUGUCAUGGAGUGGGUGGACAUCAUCGGCGCAGGAAUCCUACACAAUGACAAGUCACCAGCUGUCAUGUCCUUCCACGAUACGCCUUCUCUGCGCGGAGUGACGGUCAGGAACUCUGCUUCCGAUGGCGUCUCCAUUGUCUCGGCAACGAAAGGAUUUGAAAUGCUUUAUAAUAAAUUCGUCAACAACCUGGGCGUGGGCGUCUCGCUCCUGGGCCUGACGGGGGAGACCCGCGAGACCGAAGAGUCGUCCUUCUUCCCCGUGGCCAAAGUGCGCCUCCCUUACCACAUGUUCGGGAUGGUGGACAUGUGCGACUCCACCAAGGAACUCAUGAUCGAAGAGAGAAUCCUGCUGUAUUAUAAGUACGAUAACAGACCGGUGGACUGCGUGAAGAUAUUCUCGUCCGUGUUCAACGUGAAGAAUUUCGGUUUCAGGCUCCUUCAGUACAACUCGUACAACUCUACCAUGGAUCCUAUGAUGCCGGACCGCAUUGUCCUUUAUGAUGGCGAUAUCUACAAUUACACGACUGAUGUCUUCGCCGAAAUCCACAUGAACAGCAACAACCUGAUGAAGUUCUUUAAGACGGAGGGAACGAGCAUCUCGGUCGAACUCCAUGCUACGGGAGCCUCGGGGGACCUCGGCUUCGUGGCUGAAGUGGUGACGCUUCCGAUCUCUAAUCUGGGAAUCAACCGUAACAUCCUCCACAACAUGACAUACAACGAAUACUACAACAAUAACGAGGGCGCUAUCUUCGCGGCCACAGCUGGUGAGGUGAAUCCUUGGCUGUGUUUCUCAUACAGCCGCAUAGAAAAUAAUGGUAAGCAAUUGUAUGGAAACUUCACCACCACGAGAGCAGCUGUCCACCUCGACCUACAGAACAUGCAAGACGUCUACAUCAAGAAUAACCUAAUACGGAACAACACGGGAGGGGCGUACAUCUUGGCAGGAUCCAUGGGAGCAGCAACAAAACUGCAAGCAAACAUCACCAACAACCUGUUCGAGGCCACAAAGCACUGGCCGGCCCUCUACGUCGCCUCCCGGGAGAACUCUGCGUAUCAGCACGCCCUCAUUGCCUAUAAUGACUUCAGUUGGUCCCAAAGUCCUUACCAUGAUGUCAUUACUUUGGCUCAGGUUGUCUCCAUCUUCACCCACAACUAUGUUCACAGCAACCUUGGAAGGCACAUCCUUGACAUUUAUGGAUUCCAGAAGGUUCGCCUGCCGGUCUACCAAACCACCUCCCAUAACAGUUUGGCCAAGAACAUGGCUGUUGACCCAACCUACCAGGGUACUGUUAUAGCUGGAAGUGCCGGCCAGCAGUUUGUUGAGAAUGUUUUCUAUAAUUUGGACAACGCAUAUGAAGUUGUUGCUGUAAAUGAGUCGGUACGCUGCAACUCCUCUACAGAAUGUUCAGAAAUGGAUGUCUACAUGGAAUCGGGUCAGGAGAGAUCUGAUGUGUGGAAGACACCUAUUGAUGCUCGCAACAACUGGUGGGGUUUCAACACAUCUGUGGCUGUGUCUGGCCGUAUCCAUGACAAACUGGAUGAUGAAACACUGCUGAGUGUAGAUUAUAGCCAGUGGAAGUUGAAUAACUACACAUUGCUUCAAGGAUGUGAGCCAGGUUAUUCCUUAGUGGGUGAUGCAUGUUACUUGUAUGUGGGGGCUCCAGUUACCUAUGAAGAGGCUAAAGCAUUCUGCAAAAAGGAUAACGCAUCCCUGCCUUUCCUACAGAAGUGGUAUUGGGAAGUACAGUACUGGAUCCUAUCUCAGCAACCUGAGUAUCUUUGGGAAUAUGACAUGGUUUGGGUUCAGCAUCUUGAUGUUGUCAGUGGAUGUGCAGCUUUUGUCUACAGACAAGUUCGUUCAGUUGACUGUAGUCUAAAUCUUCCCUUUAUCUGUGAAUCUGACCCUGAUGAAACAAUUGACAAGUUUGCUUGGGCAUCGGACACUUUGGCACUGGCUGCCAUUGCCGCCACGGCUGGUUGCCUUAUUCUGGUUGCAGCCUGUGUAUCAUGUUGGGUGUGCAAAUCCCGUCAACGACGCAAGGAACGAAUAAUCCGCAGAAAUUCUAUCCGUGCUUCCAUCCGCUCCAAUAGGUCUGCCAUGUCAACCACCAGUGGAGGAUUCAGUGACAAUGGGAGAAGAAGAAUAAUUCAGGACACACAGAGAGCAAUUCCCAUGAAGGGUACAAGUUCAGAUGAUGGCGCUGCAAGAGUCAACGGCAUUCAUGGAUCUUUUGAUUCCAUCACCAAGUCCAAUUUCAACUCCUCAGUCGAUGAGGAUCCAAGCUUUGUAGUUUAUGAAGAAGGAUCGCACUCGCCACCAAGAUAUACUUCCGAAUUAGACAAUAGAUUUGCCAGGGAUCCAAACUUGGAGAAUGCCAAUGUUAAUGCCAUGGUUCACCCGAGCUUUAAUAUGACCUUCCAAAACCAGGGAUUCAGAGACAACUCCACUUUUGCUUCCCGAGAGAAUAGCACCUUUAUCUCUCAGGCUCCUUCUGAACAGUGGAAUGGAUCAAAUAAUAACAUUGCUCCUUCAAGUUAUGGCCACCCUACUUUUUCCACUUAUGGCCAUGCCCCACGCCUGCCUUCCAACAAUCAGCCAAAUUUGUUGCAGCCUCAACCUAUGAGGCAGAGGCCACAUCUGCCCCCUCCUACAUGGAGGGUUACGCAUGCUCAAAGCCGUCCAUACAGGCCCAGUAACUACAAUGUAAAUGCUGGUGUUCGACCCAAGUCAAUGCACGG